UCCUCCCCCUUGGCCGCUGCAUUGUGGGAGAGGCCGGGCGCCGGGCCGCACGUUGCAGCGCCAUGGCGGCUGGAGGCAGGAGAAAACUGGCGGAGCUGAGUGUUGAUGAAUUUUUAACUUCCGGAUUUGAGUCCGAAGUUGAUGGUGACUCAGAAGAGGAGACAUCAGAGCUUGUGGAAGAGCCUGCUAACGGGAAACAAAGCCAGAAUGGGCAGGCAGGAGGAAAGAAGAAGAAGCCACUCAAAGUUAAAACUGCAGAAAAGAAAGCGAAGAAAGGAAAGGCAACCGAGCACAAAGACCAACUCUCGCGGCUGAAGGAACGAGAUCCUGAAUUUUACAAGUUUUUGCAAGAAAACGACCGUUCCCUGCUGAACUUCGAUGACUCAGACGGCUCUGAUGAGGAGGAGAAGGGUCUGCACACGCUGCCUGAAACGCUGGAGGAAGCAAGUGACGAGGAGGAGGAGGAGGAGGAAACGGUCAAGCGGAAGAAAGCCGACUUUAUCACCGUGACUUUGAAGAUGGUGGAACAAUGGAAACAGGCUGCAGAGAAGCAAUUAACACCCAGGCUCUUCCAUGAGAUCACUCAGGCCUUUAAAGCAUCUGUGGCAACUACCAAAGGAGAUGACGGUGGGGCCGACCCCAGCAAAUUCAAAGUCACUGACAGUGCCGUGUUCAAUGCCCUGGUGUCCUUCUGCAUUCGGGAUCUCUUUGGCUGCCUGCAGAAACUGCUUCAGGUGAAGAUGCUGAAAGACAAAUCAAAGAUGGUGCUGCCCUCUACCAGCCCACUCUGGGGCAAGCUGAGGCUGGACGUCAAGGUGUACCUGAGCUGCACCAUCCAGCUCCUGUCUUGUUUAACGGAAGCGUCUGUCGGAGCCGCUGUGCUUCACCACGUCAACGCCAUAGUCCCUUAUUUCUUGUCGUUCCCAAAGCAGUGCCGCAUGCUGCUCAAGCAAGCCAUCCAUCUGUGGAGCACGGGCGAAGAAACCGUGAGAGUGCUGGCCUUCCUGGUACUCAACAAGAUCUGCCGCCAUAAAAAGGAGCUGUACCUGAACCCUGUGCUCAAGCAAAUGUACAUCUCCUAUGUGAAGAACUCCAGGUUCACCUCCCCCAACGUCCUCCCUAUGAUCAACUUCAUGCAGCGCACCCUGACGGAGAUGUACGCCCUGGAUACGCAGGUGUCCUACCAGCACGCUUUCAUCUACAUCCGCCAGCUCGCCAUUCAUCUGCGCAGCGCCAUGACCCUGAAGAAGAAGGAGAACUACCAGUCUGUUUACAACUGGCAGUACAUCCACUGCCUGUACUUCUGGUGUCGGGUCCUGAGCACCAUCUACCCCAGCGAGAUUAUGGAGCCGUUAAUUUACCCUCUGACCCAGGUCAUCAUUGGCUGCAUUAAGUUGGUGCCCACGGCUCGUUUCUACCCCUUGCGGAUGCACUGCGUCAGGGCCCUUACGCUGCUUUCUGAGAACACCCGGACCUUCAUCCCGGUUCUGCCCUUCAUCCUGGAGAUUUUCCAGCAAGUGGAUUUCAAUAAGAAGCCAGGCCGCAUGAGCGCCAAGCCCAUUAACUUCGCAGUCAUCUUGAAGCUGUCCAAUGCUAACCUGCAGGAGAAGGCUUUCCGGGAUGGCCUCAUUGAGCAGCUGUAUGACCUGACGCUCGAAUAUCUCCACGGCCAAGCCCACAGCAUCGGAUUCCCAGAGCUGACCCUGCCAAUUAUCAUUCAACUCAAAUCUUUCCUGAAGGAAUGCAAGAUCGCCAACUACUGCAAAGCGAUCCGGCAGCUCCUGGAGAAGUUGCAGGAAAAUUCUGCCUACGUCGCCAGUAGGCGUCAGAAAGCCACCUUCGGUGUGGCCAGCAGGGAGGCUGUGGAACAAUGGGAGAAGCAGGUCAAGGAAGAGGGGACACCUCUGACCAAGUAUUACGCUCAGUGGAAGAAGCUGCGGGAGAAAGAGAUCCAGCUGGAAAUCAGCGGCAAGGAAAGGCUCGACGACUUGAACCUCCCAGAAAUCAAACGGAAGCGGCUGGAGGACAGGAAGGAGGACGACAAGAAAGAAUUCAAGGACCUCUUUGAGCUGGACAGCGACUCCGACGGGGAGAGCGGUGGAUUCGCUGUGCAAGGAAAAUCAAAGGCCAAGAAAGCGCAGGGAUCCGCGGGGAGCCCGGAUGUGAGCAGCGAGGAUGACGACGAAGAGGGCGAGUAUGACAUCGGGGAGGAAGAGGAAGCCAGUGACUCGGACGGGGGAGCUGAGGAGGGGCCCUCCACCUCGGAGGGGACCCAGAAGCAGCUGGCCUAUGCCAGGCGGCUGUCCUCGGCCGACCUCGAGCUGCUGGCCCAAGGGGAGGAGGACAUCGUGGAGGACCUUGAUGACAAUUACUUCGACGACCUAGCCGGUGACUGACGACUCCACAAAUGCUCUGGGCUCCCUCCCUCUGCGCCUAGGAGGGCAAGCGUGUGCCCUCGCCGACAAUCGAAGCUGGUCGUGAUGGGAACUAGGCCGAGGGGGAGCCCCGAAGGAGGAGGUAGGAGCAGCAUGGGAUGGGCAGCCCUAGCGGGACAGAAUUUCUCACUGAUGCAGCAGAGACGCUGCCUGGACCUUUUCCCCCAGAGUUACGUUAGUGGGAAUGCGGUGAAAUGUGUGGUCACGUCAGGACCAGUAAAACUGCUCAGCAAAGGUAAUAAAAAGCCCUCAUUAAA